UUGGUCUCCGAGUAUCCAUCAUAAUUAUCAUCGUCACUGGCUCAGGGUCUAGUCUUGUGAUGGAUCGUAUACAACAAACGGAGGGUGAAUAAAACGAUACGAUGGUUAAACCACUAACCUUCAAGGGUGAUAAAAAGCGUAAGAAGCGCAAGCGUCCCCAGACCGAAACGGAUGACCAAUCUCUUGCAGGGCGGCCUGAUCCUUUAAGCAACUCCAAGGAGAAUCCUGAAGACGUCUCUGCCGCCGAGGAGGACCAAAAUUGGGUUUCCGCAGACUCACCGACAGACAUACUAGGCCCAGUCGUCAUUGUUUUACCCUCGAGCCCGCCCACGUGCAUCUCAUGCGAUGGCAACGGGAAAGUGUUUGCUCUUGAAAUUGAAAACCUCAUAGAGGGAGACCCCGCCACGGCGGAGCCGCAUGACGUGCGACAAGUGUGGGUUGCUACGAGAGUCGCGGGCGCUGAAGGUAUCAAUUUCAAAGGACAUCAUGGGCGAUAUUUAAGUUGCGAUAAAUAUGGAAUCUUAAGCGCAAACGCUCCCGCCGUAUCGGCUUACGAAUCUUUUGUCCCAAUACCCUCACCGGACUUGCCUGGUACAUUCUCCUUCCAAGUAGCAGGUGGCGAUAGAGAAGCCUUCCUCUCCAUAAAGGAACCUCGCGGCACUUCCGCAUCUACGCCUGCGUCAGCAGUCGAGAUCCGUGGCGAUGCAUCCAGUAUCUCAUUCACUACUACAUGCCGCGUCCGCAUGCAGGCGCGUUUCAAGCCAAAACUAAAGGCAUCCAAAGAGUCCAAGGCAUUGGAGAAAAUCAGCCGCAAGGAAUUGGAAGCUGCGGUGGGGAGGAAACUGGAAGACCACGAAGUGAAACGGCUGAAAAGGGCGAGAAAGGAAGGCUCCUACCAUGAAGAAAUCUUGAAUGCUAGGGUUAAGGGAAAACACGAUAAAUUUGCCUCGUGAUGCAGGUUUUAGCCUCCCAACACUGUAUCGUACAAACCGCGCUUUGAUUAACCAGACGUUCUCGUGUUUCUCGCCCCUUAAACGAAAUUGAGAGAUCCACUCUGUGGCGACUUUUCUUGAAAGAGACCUCGAGAGAACAUAAUCACUUCCCCAUUCGCUCAGUCAGAUUGACCUGGAACUUGGAUGUCUGUCUGUUUGUACAUACAUUGACAUGCUAUUAUACGCUCCAAACAUGAACACUGGAUUUGGCUACCAUACCAGCCCUGUAUGGUAUCCCAUGCCGUGGGAUUCGAUUCGACUUCUAACUUCUAUCGGCCCUGUAACCGAGGCGGGAGGAAAUUGUACCUAAAAUGCAUAUUAUGGCGGCUAGAGAGAAUGUUUUGACGUGGGCCCUUUUGAAGAUCUUAACUAAAUCUCCUAUACGGUAGCCAUAUGAUAAUUCUUGGCCCAAUGGGUUUAGUUAUUAGAAGCAUUAUAGGUUCGGGGGAGGCCGCGUACCCCCUACUCUUUAUCUGGGUUAAAAAAUGUGACUCAACAGCAAUGGAUGAUGAAAUUCCCACAAGAAAACAAAGUAUACAUUAUCUUCCCCCAGGUACAUAUAUACUUCCCAAGAAGUACCAAAAUAUCUCAAAAUAUCUAUAUAUUAAUAAACAAAUAAAUGAAAACCCAAUUACGGCGCUUGUGCGUCUAGAAG